AUGGUGAGAGAUUCGGACUGUAGUGCUAUGAAGCUGUAGCUCCAUAAUCCAAAAGGAAAACGCGUUCUCGUGGGAAAUACACUUUGACCUCAUGGCUAGUACUGUGAUCCCCAAUGUCUCCCCUACACCCACGGAAGGGGUCUCAAACCAACCAAACACUCUCUCUGGAGCUGAUAUAGCAGUGCUUGUUGUGUAUUUCAUAUUGAUCCUGGCAGUAGGACUAUGGUCUAUGUGGAAAACCAAGAGAAGCACAGUGAGUGGAUAUUUCCUAGCAGGCAAAAACAUGACCUGGUGGCCGGUGGGCACAUCUCUGUUUGCUAGUAAUGUGGGCAGCGGUCACUUCAUUGGUCUGGCUGGAUCAGCAGCUGCAAGUGGCAUUGGCCCAAUUGCAUAUGAGUGGAAUGGUAUGCUGGUUGUUCUGCUCCUAGCCUGGCUCUUCCUGCCCAUCUACAUAGCUUCUGGGGUGACAACUAUGCCGGAAUAUCUUCAGAAGAGAUUUGGAGGCAAAAGGAUACAGAUAUUUAUUGCUAUUUUGUCAUUAUUUAUUUACAUCUUCACAAAAAUAUCGGUGGAUAUGUAUGCUGGGGCUGUGUUCAUUCAGCAGGCUCUGGGCUGGAAUAUUUACCUUGCUGUCAUUGUUCUCCUCAUUAUUACUGCUCUCUAUACAGUAGCAGGUGGCCUGGCAGCCGUCAUCUACACUGAUGCAGCUCAGACUGUCAUCAUGCUGAUCGGGGCCCUGACACUUAUGGGUUUCAGUUUUGUGGAGGUUGGGGGCUUGCAGGCCAUUUUUGUUGGCUACAGCAAUGCCAUUCCCUCCAUUAGAGUCCCAAACACCACCUGCGGGAUCCCUCGUGAGGAUGCCUUCCACAUUUUCCGGGAUCCUGUGACCUCUGACCUUCCCUGGCCAGGGGUGCUCCUGGGAAUGACGGUCCCCUCCAUAUGGUACUGGUGUUCGGAUCAGGUUAUAGUGCAGCGCUCGCUGGCUUCUAAGAACCUCUUGCAUGCUAAAGGAGGCUCUUUGCUGGCUUCCUACCUUAAGGUCCUGCCCUUCUUCAUGAUGGUGCUGCCAGGCAUGAUCAGCCGAAUCCUCUAUCCAGAUGAGGUUGGCUGUGCAGACCCUAAAGUGUGUGAACAGGUUUGUGGGAAUUCUGUGGGCUGCUCUGACAUCGCCUAUGCCAAACUGGUCAUGGAACUCCUUCCUUCAGGUCUGCGGGGUCUGAUGAUGGCCGUAAUGCUAGCUGCUCUCAUGUCUUCGCUGACCUCCAUUUUUAACAGCUCCAGCACUCUGUUCACCAUGGACUUGUGGAGAUAUUUCCACCGUGCUGCCUCAGAAUGGGAACUCAUGAUCGUAGGCAGAGUGUUUGUCCUGGUCUUGGUGGUGGUGUCUGUGCUAUGGAUCCCCCUGGUUCAGGCCAGUCAAGGUGGCCAGCUCUUCAUCUACCUCCAGUCUAUCAGCACCUACCUGCAGCCGCCUGUCUCUGUUGUAUUCAUGGCAGGCUGCUUCUGGAGAAGGACAAGCGAGAAGGGGGCAUUCUGGGGUUUGGUGCUGGGGCUGCUGGUUGGCAUUACAAGGAUGAUUCUGGAUUUCAUCUACCCUGAACCACAAUGCUACGAGACAGACACCAGACCUGAAGUGAUCAAAUCUGUUCACUAUCUGUAUUUCUCAAUCAUCGUCUCGCUGCUCACACUUGCUGUGGUGGUGUGUGUCAGCCUGGCCACAGAGAAACCCACAGAAGAACAGAUAAGUCGGCUGACGUGGUUCACAAGGUUUGAUCCUGUGAAGAGCAGUGAGGAAAAUAAAGAAGCUGGAACACUUACUAUCGAUAAUGGCUUACAGCAUGACCAGGAGAAGAGUCCAGGAAAUGUGGCCGAGCACACAAAUGACUCCAGUACACGACAUGCUGAGACACGCUCUAAACUGAAGUCCACUCUGCUCUGGCUGUGUGGGAUGGAUCAGGAUUCAGAAGGAGAACAGCCCUCUUCACCACCACCUGAGGCUGUCGCGUGCUCCCUUGAGGAAGAGCCCUGUCUGAGGCAUGUGGUAAAUGCCAACCUCAUUGUCUGCCUGUCAGUGGCAGUAUUUCUGUUUGCCUUCUGGGCAUGACAGGCCUUGAGUCUUAAUAUCUCAAGGUUAGGGACACUAGUAAUUCUUGAAAGGUUGGUCAACAUUUUAUGUUUAAGUUAUCAAGUAAUUAAUCAUGUAAAAAUUUAAACAUCUUCAACUCAAUGCACAUGGACAGAAGCAUGGUGUGUAGAAGAUGGAGCAAAUGGUUACGCCUAUUUUAUUUAUACAGAAUAACAAGAUAUUUUUACAAGCUUCGUACACAGAGAUGCAGGAAAUCCUUUCCUUUAUUUUCAAAUGUAUUCUGUUCACUACGCUUUUUUUUUUCUUUAAAAGAAGUACGUUUACUAUUUACUAGCCAAUAAAUACUUUGAAAUAAACCAACACAGCUCAAAGAGUCCAUUUGGAACAGAAUUUAUUUUUUCUUAUUGCCUGGCAUUUUAUUAGGUAAUUGUAGGUCAUUGAACUUGCUGUGUAGGAAAUACAGCAGUAAUCAGUACAACACUGGAGUAUCUUUGCUUUGAGAGAUGCGCAGAACCAACUCAGCUGCAGAAAAGGUGCACACAGUAUCAAGGGAACAAAAAACAGUUUAACAAAAAAUACAAAUCAACAUUUACAAGCCUUUAAAUCAUUUAAAAGUAGCCUGUUGCAAAAUUUAAAAAAAAAAAAAUAAAAAUAAUAAAAUAAAAAGAUCUGUCAGAAAUUAAAUGGAUUUAUGACUUUCUUUUCUUAGUUGCUAUUUCCUGAGUGUAACUGAACUAUCAACUAUUCACCCCCAUUUUUUGUUGGACUGUCAUUCUUAUAACAAAAAUAACCAAAAUUACAAGCAAACCAUGCAAAAAAGACAAAAAAAAAAAAUUCAACUAGAUCAAAUCAAAUGAGAUAUUUUCAGUCCAGCUUUUCUGGGAAUUUAAUAUUUGGUCCUUUUCAGAAGACAUCAAUGUCAUUGUAGCAUUUCCUUCUUAAAACAUCUAAACAAUUUUACCCCAACAGCACACUCAAGAGAAAAAUAGCCAUCUGGACUUGUUGUACUUGUUGAAAAACAAUGCAUACAGAUGGUCCAAAUGACUGUUGAAACACCAUGUAGAUAUCCACUUAUUUGAAUGAUGUUUAACAGAUAUGUGAGAUGGUUUUAUUGCUGUACUAUUUGGUCCAUUUGAUCAAACCCUGUGCUACUUCACAAUUUCACUCGUUUACUUUAAAAUAUUGAUACAGUGAUUGUCUCAUUUGUAAGAAGAAAAAAAAAAAGAAAAAAAUGAAAGAAGGUCUAAACUGCAAUCAACAUUGCACCACAGGAAUAAAAGUUCUCAAAAAUCAAUAUUUCAAUAUUUAGCCAUACAAUGCUUUUCCAUAUGUAUUCUUUUAAAAUCAAGUUUUUCACUAUUAUACAUUUCCUAUAACAGGUCUUUGGUCUCUCUGAAAAUCGCUCCAUUAUCUCUCAGCUACUCAAAAUGAAAUCCUGCACUCUUAGUAACCGAGUUUAAAAUAAAGAUGGCUGUCAGGAACAAGACAGUAUGAUAACACACAUAACAAGGCAGCGCACACAGAACUGGGUGUGUGACUGUGUGUGAAUGAGAACUUAAUUUACAUAAAGCUUGGUUUGCUUUGUCUUUGCUGUUCCUUUGCAAUUAUGUGCAGUAAAACACUCUUGAAGGCACAAGUAAUAAUAUGCAUGUAUGUAGUUUACAAUACAAAACACAAAAAAUAAACAUAUGUGAAGUUAAAGCCUAAGCAACUGGAAUCAUUCUGGCACGAGAGAGGGGG